AUGGAGUUUAACUUAAGAAAUGAAUAAAUGAUAGCAUAUCAUAGAAAUAGAGAGGAUUAUGAACCAUAACCUGAGGAUUGUUUAUAAUUUGCUUAUGGCGAUCGUAGAUAUGUGAAGAUGACAAACUAAAUUUUUGCAAGUGAUGAUGUUUUGAAACUGAAGAAUUUAGAGGAAAUCAAUGAAGAUUUUCAUAGAGGAGACUUUAUAACCUUGGCAUUGUUAUCUAGUGAUAUACUGGAUGUUUUAAUGAGUCAUUUAUCCAAUCCUCAUGAGAGAAUUCGAGAACUCUCUUCGAGUGCAAUUGUGUUGAUUAGUUCAAUAAAAUUUGGAAGGGAUAAGAUAAUGGAAAAGUUUUAUGUUCCAACAAUAAUGAAACUUCUGAAUGAUUAAGUUGUUAAUAUUAGAAAAAAUGGAUACCUCAGUUUAUUAAACAUGACUGAAUUUUAAUAAGGAGUUGAUCAUGUUUAUGCGUAGGGUAUUUUGGUACCAUUGGUUAACAAAUUGGUUGAAGAAAGUGUUGAGGAUUUAUUGACUUUGGAUUUGCAAUUGUUGGAGAAAAUAUUGUAUUGUGGAGAUGCCUAAGUCGAAAUUCUAAAAACUUAAGCUAUCAAGAGAUUAACAUAACUUUUAAAACGAUCUAAUUUUAAGUUGAGAUCCUUGGCUUGUAAGAAUCUAGCUUGCAUUUCAUAUGAUGCAAAUGGGAAAUUAGAUGUUAUCAAUUAAGGGUGUGUUCUUGAAUUGUGUGAACGAUUAUUAGACGAUCAUAAUGAAGUCAUCACUAAUGCAACAAUGGCUUUGGCUAGUUUAGCAUAGCAUAAUGAAUGCAAAUUUCAAAUGAUGGAUAAUAAUAAGCUAGACAUUGUUAUUUAAUUGCUUAGUCACAACGAUCACUAAAUCAAAUUAAAUAGUGUUCAAUUAGUAACUAGUCUUGCUGAACAUCCAAAAGGAAGAAAGGAAUGUUAUAAAUGUUUGCCUACUCUUUAGAACUUUUCAACUGAUCCUUAAUAUGAGUACAUCAGUCCUUAUGCUAUCUAGGCCAUCGAAGUCAUUAAGUGGGAACCUUGA